AUGAUGGAAUUAAUGCUGCUGGUCGCACUGGUCGUGCUGAUCGUUUCGUGCGCGAUAAGAUACGCACUGCACCGUCCAUCGGAACGGUUUCCGCCGGGACCGCCGAGGCUGCCCCUGCUCGGUAGCUACCCGUUUCUGCUCGCCCUCAACUACCACCAUCUGCAUCGGGCCGCCGCCCGCCUAUCCCAGCUGUACCGGAGCAAGCUGGUCGGGCUGUACCUUGGGCCGCUGCCCGCCGUGCUCGUGAACGAUCACGAAACCGUCCGGCAGGUGCUGCAGCGCAGCGAGUUCGACGGUCGGCCGGACCUGUUUCUGGCCCGUCUGCGGGAUGAACGGUACGCGCGAAGAGGCAUUUUCUUCACCGACGGUGACAGCUGGCGCGAGCAGCGCAAGUUUUUCCUCAAAACCCUGCACGAGUACGGGUUCGGCAGACGGAGUGACGCCGUGGAGCAAGAUCUGGUGGCCGGUCUGGCGGAACUGAUUGCCCUGCUGAAGGACGGCCCCGUGCACGAGCACGAGCGGGCAGUGGUGGACGCGUCGACCGGAAGCGCACUCUGUCCGCAGGUGUUUUUUGCCCUGUUUUCCAACGUGAUGCUGCGCAUGCUAACCGCAACGCGCCUGGAGCGUGAAGAUCAGGCCGUGCUGUACGACGUUGGGCACUGUUCGCUCGCUUUCCAUCGGCAGGGGGACGAUUAUGGGCUGGCGCUCAGCUACAUCCCCUGGAUACGGCACGUGCUGCCCGGCCCUAGCCGGUAUCGUCUGCUGAGGGAGGUGAACCAGAAGGCGAACGGGGUGAUCCGUUCGCUGGUGGAACAGUGCGAGCAAACGUACAGCGAGGAUGACCAGCGGUGCUUCAUCGACGCUUACAUACGGGAGUUGCGCCGCACUGGCAGCAAGGCAACGAGCGGAAGUGAUGCGUUUGCGUUUGAGUACGAUCAACUCAUUAUCGGCUGUGCCGACUUUCUCGUGCCGGCCUUCUCCGCCAUACCGGCCAAACUUGGCCUAAUGCUCGAGCGGCUCGUGGCCCACCCUGCCGUGGCGGAGAAAAUGUACACCGAAAUCGACCAGUACGUCGGGCAGGCACGGUUCCCCGGGCUGGACGAUCGUACCCACCUGCCGUACUGUGAGGCGGUCGUGCGGGAAGCCCUGCGCAUCGAUACACUCGUCCCGUCCGGCAUUCCGCACGUCGCCACCGCCGAUACGGAGCUGGCCGGGUUUCAAAUCCCCAAAGGCACACUCAUCAUUAACGGGCUCGACUACAUCAACCAUCAGGAGGAUGUGUUCCCCGAACCGCACACCUUCCGGCCGGAGCGCUUCCUUAGCGACGACGGGCAGCAGCAGCAGCUAGCGCUCGAGCACGAUCGUUCCGUCCCGUUCGGGGCCGGGAAGCGUGUCUGCGCCGGGGAAAGCUUUGCGCGCAAUGCACUCUUCCUAACGCUCACCACGCUAGUGCAGCAGUUUACGUUCAGCAUGGAAGGCCGCACGCCCGAUCCGGAGCAGCAUCUGACCGGUGUGAUCCGCACGGCGCCCGAUUUUAGAAUUAAGUUUACCAGUGUAGUACACCGUCGCCGUCGAAAGCGGGACAAGGGCCCGCUUUCCCUCUGCUACGCCCCAUCCCGCAUGCCAUCCCGCGGGGGUCGGUUAUCGCUUAUAAAACCACUUCACCGAUGCCCGAACCGGUUCAGUUACCGACACAAGAUGUUGGCCACCACAACGCUGCUCCUGUGGGGCGUCGCGAUCUCGCUGCUGCUGUACGCCCUGGUCCGGCCGCUAACUGCCCGGCCGGGCAAAAACUUCCCACCCGGGCCGCCCGGCCGGUUUCCCUUCCUGGGCGAUUACGGGCUGCUGCUGCUGAUCAACUAUCGCCACCUGCACAAGGCGGCCCUCGUGCUGGGCGACUACUAUCGCACCAAGAUACUGGGCAUCUCGCUCCGCGACUAUCCCUCGAUCGUGGUGAACGAUCUGACCGUCGCGAAGGAGGUGCUCAACCGGAAGGUGUUCGACGGCCGGCCGGAUCUGUACUUGGCGCGCAUCCGCGACCGGGACUACAACCGGCGCGGCAUCUUCUUUACCGAUGGGCCGAGCUGGAAGGAGCAGCGCUGGUUCAUACUGCGCUACCUGCGCGAUUACGGGUUCGGGCGUCGCUUUGCCCAGCACGAGGCGGAGGUGAACAGUGAGCUGCUGGUGCUGAUCGAUCUGCUGCGGUACGGGCCGAAGUACGGGCACGAGCGGGCAAUCGUGCGGGACGACGGGUACGCCAAGUGUCCGAAUGUGCUGUUCAGCUGCUUUGCCAACGCGUUCCUGCAGAUCGUGUCCGGCGAGCGGCUGUCCCGGGAGGAGACCGGUGUGCUUUACGAUACCGGCGCGAAUGCGAUGGUGUUCCAGCGGGAGGGCGAUGACUACGGCACGAUUCUCAGCUACUUUCCGACCCUGCGCUACAUCUUUCCCUUCUCGCGCAAGUUCCAGCGCAUCCGCCAGGCAAGCAUGAAUGUGAACGGCUUUAUCGAGACGAUCAUCGACAAAUAUUUGCGCACGUUCGACGAAAACCAUGUGCGCUGCUUUCUCGAUCUGUACUUCCGGGAGAUGGUGAAGUGCACCCCGCAGGAACCCAACUUUACCUUCCAGCACGAUCAGCUACUGCUCGGGCUGGUCGAUUUCUUCUUUCCCGCCAUAUCCGGCGCGACGACCCAGAUGGCCCUGCUGUUCGAGCGGCUCCUGCACAACCCGCCCGUCAUCGAGCGGAUGCAGCGGGAAAUCGACGAAGUCGUCGGACACGGCCGGCUGCCCACGCUGGACGACCGUACCCAGCUGGCGUACACGGAGGCAACGCUGCGGGAAGCGAUGCGCAUCGACACGCUCGUACCGUCCGGGAUUGCACACCGCGUGCAGGAGGACACGACCCUGCGCGGGUACGACCUGCCCAAGGACACGCUGGUGCUGAUCGGGCUGGAUGCGAUCCACAACCAGCGGGAGUACUGGGGCGAUCCGGAGCGUUUCCGGCCGGAACGGUUCCUGGACGAGCACGGGCGGCUAUCGCUGGCGAAGGAUCUUUCCGUACCGUUCGGUGCCGGCAAGCGGCUCUGCGCUGGGGAAACGUUUGCGCGGAACAUUAUGUUCCUGACGCUGGCGGCGCUGAUGCAAAACUUCAACAUACGGCAGCCACCGAACGCCCGGCUGCCGGAUUUGAGCAAACGGAACACUGGCGUUAUUAUUGCGCCGGAAGAUUUUUGGUUAAAGUUUGAGCCACGGUAAGUGGUUAGUUAAAGUAGGGAGAUUUUAUAGGCAUUGUAAGAAAGUAUGUUAUCAAAGUAUCAUGUAUCCUAAAUAUUGUACAAGCAUGUAGCAAAAUAAGCAAUUUAAUAAAUAAAAACAAAACAUUAAAAUGGCUAACACGUGAA